AUGUACCAGAACCCAGCAUCUGCACGGUCCAGGGGCCUUAAAAGAGACCUCACAAUCCAUGUGCCGAAUGGCAGUGGUGACGAAAACAAGACAUCACAACCACCACCAGCACCACCAGCACCACCAUCACAACCUCCACAACAGCAGCCAUACGAUGAACCAGUACCGCAUCACGCAAUGAGAACCCUUGAUAAUAUACUUGGAGAACCCGUCAACAUCCCAACGAGUACAGGCCAAUCGCUAUCAUCACCUCCAUUACAACCAUCCCACCAAACAAAAAGCUCAAUGCCUUCCAUAGCAUCAACAAGUCCAGCAACGCCGUGUUUUGAUAGGUUAACCCAACUACCAACUCCAGUAUUGCUGAAUGGAUCUUUCGCCAACUACAGCCAUUUCCAAGGCUCAGCACUAUCUUCACCACCAAGAGGUAACGACUCAAUCAUGGAGUCCAUCAAGUCAAUGCUGGCUGUGAACAAUAGAGUCGUUUCGGAUUACAAGCCAAUCGCACGUGGUCACAGCCUCAAAUCAGAGAAAAGAAUUUAUUCCAAUCCAUCCGAAGCUCACGACGUGCAUGACGCAUCAAGUAACUCAAGCACUGCUUCUUCGAUUGCGUCGAGGGAUAAAGAAAGAGAAAGAGAAAGAGAAAGAGUUUCAGGACAAGGACAAGGACAAGGACCGGUUCUGGGACCAGUUUUGGGGCUGGAUGGACGACCUCUGCUGCUGCUGUUGCACACUAUAGACUCGCCAAUAACACCAAAUACUUCUCCUACUUUACCACAAAUUUCCAAAUUCUCACAUCGACAAUUUUACUCCAAGAGAUAUGACACUACAUUCACAUUUGUAAAGGAGAUUGGACUGGGCAAUUUCAGUAAUGUUGUAUUGGCAAAAAACUUAAAUAAUGGUGCUGGUAAUAGCAUGGGCACUGUUGCAGAUGCCGAAACUAUUAGUUACAAACACAAUUGCGGUUAUGGUGACGAAGCAGCAAUCAAAAUUAUCACCAUCCCCGAGUCUAAAACGCAAUUAACAAACUUUAAAUCAUUCAUUUUACGAGAACUCAAUAUCCUAUACCACAUUUCGCAUCACCCUUGUAUCACAACAUUGAUAGAUUACCAACUUACAAUAGACAUAGACCAACUGGAAAUAGAGUCAGAAACAAUCCCUUCCACUGCAAAUUCAGAACCAGGUUUUACCAAAAUAAAUGAGGAUAUGGUAAUUCCACUGGAUAGAGAUCAGUUGCUCUUUAUGAAUUACUGCCACGGCGGUAAUUUGCUCUCCUUCUUGCUACAACAUAAUCAGCAAGCCAACUUGCACAAUCUCACAUAUUGGACAUAUAUUCGACGCAUUGCUUGUGAAAUCAUUGUCACCGCAGCAUAUUUGCACAACCACAAUGUCAUCCAUCGCGAUAUCAAACUUGAAAACAUUCUUUUACUUUACUCUCCAGAAGAAGUGAACCAAAUACUUGCCAAUGACCAAAUCAUGGCUACACCAUUUAUCAAUUUGAGUGACUUUGGACUCUCGAAAAAACUCGAUUCGCCAGACCAAUUAUUGCAAACAAGAUGUGGAUCACAGGAUUAUAUUUCACCAGAGAUUUUAAUGGGUUUGAAAUAUGAUGGCAAAUUGACCGACACAUGGUCAAUCGGUGUUUUGGUAUAUUCCAUGCUUGAAAACAAACUUCCGUUUGAUUUGCAACCAGCUCACGUACAAUAUCACCAACAACACCAACAAUAUCAACAAAAUUAUCAAAGCCAACAACAGGCUGGUGCAAAUACUGGUUCAACUGCUGGUGCUCCUUCGAGUAAUACUGGUAUUUCGCCUUCGGUAAUCAAAAGAAGAAGAUCGAAAAAAACAAGCACGGCGCAUAGAAUUGCCAUGAUCGAAUGGGGUUGGAAUGACAUCAAUUACAAAUUAGCUGAUAAAGAGAUUUCACCAGAGAUAAAGGAGAUUCUUGGCCAAUUGAAACUAUUUGUCGACACUGUAUUAGUGCGUAAGGAUAGGAGACCUUCAGUGGGACAAAUGUUGCAAAUGCCGGAGUUCUCGUGGCUCAAAGAGUGUGUUCCCACUGCAAUCACGGAAUAUAACAAUCAAGAGAGGACUUGA